AUGUCGUCUAAUCCUGCUGGCGAAUGGUGUUUAAUUGAAAGUGAUCCUGGAGUUUUUACCGAGCUCAUUAAAGGAUUUGGUGUUCAAGGUGUACAAGUAGAAGAACUGUACAGCCUGGAUCCUGAAAGUUUUGAAAGAAUUAAACCUGUUCAUGGAUUAAUCUUUCUGUUCAAGUGGUUUCAAGGUGAUGAGCCAGCUGGAACAAUCGUACAAGACAGCCGUCUAGAUAAGAUCUUUUUUGCAAAGCAGGUGAUAAACAAUGCUUGUGCAACUCAAGCCAUUUUAAGUGUACUUUUAAAUUGCAAGCAUCAGGAUAUGAAAUUGGGAAGUAAUCUGUCUUCAUUUAAAGAAUUCUGUCAAACAUUUGAUGCCACCAUGAAAGGUCUUACAUUAAGUAAUUCAGAAAUAAUCAGAGAAGUUCAUAAUAGUUUUGCUAGGCAACAGAUGUUCGAGUUUGAUUCUCGGCAACCUAACAAAGAAGAAGAUGUUUAUCAUUUUGUUGCUUAUGUCCCUAUAGAUAAUAGAUUGUAUGAACUUGAUGGCCUGAAGGAUGGACCAAUUGAUCUGGGACCAAUACCAACAAACAGUGAUUGGUUGGAAGUAGCUCGACCUGUGAUAGAAAAACGAAUACAGAAGUAUAAUGAAGGAGAAAUUCAUUUUAAUUUGAUGGCAAUCAUCACUGACAGAAAGAUGCUAUUAGGAAAGAAAAUCGAUGAAUUAUUAGCUCGAAUUGAUACUACUAGACUAUUGGAAGCAGAAGAGCUCCAAACUGAGGUUAAUAAACUGCAUAUUCAAAUGACAGAAGAAGAAUCAAAACAGAAGCGAUAUAAACUUGAAAACAUUCGAAGGAAGCAUAAUUAUUUACCACUUAUAAUGGAGCUUCUAAAAAUAUUAGCAGAAGAAGGAAAACUUGUACCAUUGAUUUCUGCCGCUAAACAAAAAGUUGAAGAAAGGAGGAAAGAAAAGGAAAAGAAGACUGAACUGAAAGCAAAUAAACAAUAAACUUUUUGAAGAAUCUCAAAUGGAACUCAGUCCGAAAGACAUCUAACAUCAAGUCAUCAUAUUUUAUAUUUUCAAGGACUAUUUCACUAUUUCUUUUGUACAUUGGCCAUUGCUGAGUUAUGGAGCGUCCAAUUUCCAGGUGUGUCAAAAGAAGCUGAAGUCCGUAAUCUGCAGCAGUUUGUUCCCAUUGGAGUCCUAAGCUUAAUAUUUUGCCUAAAAUAAAACAGAUUCUUUAUGAUAAAACUGAAGUGUAUUUGUAAGCUAAUACA